GCGGCGUGAAAACAACAUGGUAGCGGAAACACGGAGCUUCUAGCGGAACAGACACAGUCUAGCGAUGGCAUGUUCUACACAGCGGGUCCAAUUCACCGCACACACUGGACGACAACCACAAUAAUCACCUGAGAGUAAUGACAGUUGAAAGAGGAGUGUCAGGAUUCUGGAGCCAACAGAAUGGAGCGUGAAAUGUCUCCAGUGAUGCAGUGAUUUCCUCUGAAUCUGAGCAGUCGGGCUGAAAGGAAGCACACUGGCUCUGCCUAGUUGCAGCAAGAUCUUUUGAGUACAUAUCAGCGGCAUCAGGACCUCUCUCUCUCUCUCUCUCUCUCUCUCUGUCUCUCUCUCUCUCUCUGUCUCUCUCUCUCUCUCUGUCUCUCUCUCUGUGUCUCUGUCUCUCUGUCUCUCUGUCUCUCUCUCUCUCUCUCUCUGUGUCUCUGUCUCUCUGUCUCUCUCUCUCUCUCUGUCUCUCUCUCUCUCUCUCUCUGUCUCUCCUGACGGUUGGAACUCAACAUUCCAGUGAUGUCAACGCCAGACUUCAGACUGUAACCAUGGGCAACGUGGAGAGCCAGAACGGCGAUCACGCCUUCUACGGCACCCAACAUGGCCACCUGUCCCGUAAGCACAUGUCUCGAUCUCUCCGCGUCUCCAACAAGCACCAUCAGUCCCAGUCCAGUUCUGGUUCCACCCGCCGCUCCCGUGACUGUCACGCCUCGCAAGGCAAAGUGGAUCACCGAAACUCUGAGACCUCCACGCGUUCCAGCAGCACCCCUAGUAUCCCACAGUCCUUAGUGGAUCACGCCCUGGAGCCCUUCAACCAGACCAAUGUCCUGUCAGACUACUCCUCUCCGAUCUGGGUGGACCGCGUGGCCAUGAACCUCCGGCCCGUCUCCUGCCAUACCCACCUAGACAACCCAUCUGAAACGCUCCAUCAAGACGCAGAGUCACCUGGGACUAGACCCCACGAACCCCAGGGUCUACAGGACAGAGGACUGGGCCUAUACAGUAACACAGGGGAGGCGACCUACCUUCAGAAGACUAGAGACGGACCUAGGGAACCUCGAGAGGUGGUCAGCUUCAAGAAGAAGAGAUCCAAAUCAGCCGACAUGUGGAGAGAAGACGACAGCCUGGACUUCAGUCUGUCAGACCUCAGCCAGGAACAUCUCACCAGGUUAGAGAAGUCAGACCUCAGCCGGGAACACCUCACCAGGUUAGAGAAGUCAGACCUCAGCCGGGAACACCUCACCAGGUUAGAGAAGUCAGACCUCAGCCGGGAACACCUCACCAGGUUAGAGAAGUCAGACCACAGCCGGGAACACCUCACCAGGUUAGAGAAGUCAGACCUCAGCCGGGAACACCUCACCAGGUUAGAGAAGUCAGACCUCAGCCGGGAACACCUCACCAGGUUAGAGAAGUCAGACCUCAGCCGGGAACACCUCACCAGGUUAGAGAAGUCAGACCUCAGCCGGGAACACCUCACCAGGUUAGAGAAGUCAGACCACAGCCGGGAACACCUCACCAGGUUAGAGAAGUCAGACCUCAGCCGGGAACACCUCACCAGGUUAGAGAAGUCAGACCUCAGCCGGGAACACCUCACCAGGUUAGAGAAGUCAGACCACAGCCGGGAACACCUCACCAGCACAGAGGAGAUCAUCGACACGGAGGAGGUAGAAGACUUCCCUGAUUGUGACGGCCUGCUGGGGCUCGUGUCCCCUGAGGGUCUGGAGAGUCUGGGCGCAGCAGGCCGAGCCAACUCCCUGGACCAGCUCUACGGGGGUCAGAAGACCCCGACUCGCCGACCCGCUGGACGCUACGCUAAGUGGCACCAUGACGCUAACCGCUCCGCCCGGGAGGGUGAUAAGAUGGUGUCUCCGGAAGAGGAGGAUGAUGGGAACUCGUACGGAGCGUAUACUCUGCCCUGCCGACGCUCACACUGCCUGUCUGAGGGGCUAACCAAUCCCCGGGCUGCCACCUGCGCCACCAUGCAGGGACGCAGGGCACAGACCAUACAGGAUGUGACAGCCGGAGAGGGCAGUGAGUACGAGGACAGUGGCAUAGACGGGGUGACGGCUUCGGGGGCGGAGCAUCAGUCCCGGCGCUGUAAGACCAUGUCUAUGUCCUUCUCCGUGUGCUCGGCGGCGGGGCGGAGCCUGUUCGCUGGCAGUGACAGCGGAAGCAGCAGCGGGGGAGGAGCCAGUGAGGGGGUCCAGGGGGUCUAUGAGAACUUCAGACAGGAGUUGGAGAUGAGCUCAUGUCAGACAGAGAGUCUGGAGGAGGCGGGGUCAGCCCUGAGUGACGAGCAGAGCACCAUGAGUUCAGCCUACCAAUCAGAUCCCCUGCACGGCGUUGUCCAGGGAACCGUGCGGAAGGCGGGCCGGCUGGCCGUCAAGAACUUCCUGGUUCACAAGAAAAGCAAGAAGGUGGAGUCGGCCACCAGGAGGAAGUGGAAGAGCUACUGGGUCUGCCUCAAAGGAUGCACUCUGUUCUUCUACGAGACGGACGGACGGUCGGGGAUCGACCACAACAGUGUCCCUAAACAUGCGGCGUGGGCUGAGAACAGUAUCGUCCAGGCCGUCCCUGAACACCCCAAGAAGGACUUUGUCUUCUGCCUCAGCAACUCUCUAGGAGAUGCUUUUCUCUUCCAGACGUGCAGUCAGACGGAGCUGGAGAACUGGAUCACGGCCAUCCACUCGGCGUGCGCGGCGGCCGUUGCCAGGCAGCAUCACCGGGAGGACACGGUGCGUCUGUUGAGGGCGGAGAUCAAGAAGCUGGAGCAGAAGAUCGACAUGGACGAGAAGAUGAAGAAGAUGGGAGACAUGCAGCUCAGUGCCGUGACCGAUACCAAGAAGAGGAAGACCAUACUGGACCAGAUCUUUCUGUGGGAGCAGAACUUGGAACAGUUUCAUAUGGGUUUGUUCCGGUUCCGAUGUUACCUGGCCAGUCUGCAAGGAGGGGAGCUGCCCAACCCCAAACGCCUGCUUGCCUUCGCCUCCAGACCCACUAAACUGGCCAUGGGACGCCUCGGAAUCUUCUCUGUGUCGUCCUUUCAUGCUCUGGUGGCAGCCCGUACAGAGAGCGGGGGGAGGAGACGUACCCAGGCCAUGUCACGUACCUCCUCAUCCAAACGUAAGAGCAGGUUCUCCUCUCUGUGGGGCCUGGACACUACUUCUAAGAGGAAGACCACAGUCCACCCCACCAUCAACCAGGUCUUUGUUGAUGGGGAGGAGCCAGUGAAAAAGCCUUUGGACGGGAUCUAUGAUGUGGACACUGCCAGGGAGAGAGGGAAGAGUCAUGAGGGGAAGAGUCUUCCUCAGGUCAACUCAGACAGUCACAUGACAGACAGUGAUAUCUGGGUGCCUGACCACCUGACCCCGUCCUGGGUGUGUCUUCCUAACGACCAGCCUGUCCUCGCCAUCAUCCAGCCUGGAGAGUCUGCUCUGUACGCGCUGGAGACCAUCUGCAAGGCCCACCAGCUGGAUUCCACCAAACAUUACCUGCGUCUCAAGUUCCUCAAGGAUAACCAAAUCCAAUUCUACAUCCCUAAACCUGACGAGCAGCUGUGUGACUUGCUUUACAAAGAGAUAGAGCUGGGCUCCAAAAUAACCAAAGUCAUCCAGUUCGACAGGGAUGAGUCCUAUAUGAUUGGCUACGGGUUUUCCAUCUCAGUGGUAGAGGAGGAUUUGGUGCAGCAGCUCUACAUAACCGAUGUAAAGGCGGGAGGAUUGGCCUUCGCUAGAGGUCUGAAUGCGGGCGAUGAGAUCUUGCAGCUGAAUGGGAAAGACUCAUGCAGAUUGAAGUUCGGGGACAUGAAGGGGGCGUUUUCCCAGGCCUCUCUGUCCCUGACCGUCAACACUCUGCCCUCUACGGACCGACGACAGAUCUGUUAUCUGCCCCCCCGACGCUCUGACGCACAGGAAGUCCUCCACACAGACAUCUUCUCUGUGAACCAGGAGGAGAUUCUGGAUGACGGGGUUGGCCUGAUGCUCGAUAGUUCUGGAGACAGCCUGGAUGACGACUCUGAGAUCUUCAGCGAGGCAGACCAAUGCAGAAAGAGUACAGAGCAGGUCGCAGCAUUCUGCCGCAGUCUCCAUGAUAUGAAUCCGUCUGAGUGUGCCACGACCUCCUCAUCCCCCAGCCUGGACUCGCCCUUCCGUCCCCCUGCCACCGGCACCGCCAGCCGCCAGCUCUCCGACGCCGACAAGCUACGGAAAGUAAUCUGUGAGCUGGUGGAGACGGAACGCACCUAUGUCAAAGAUCUCAAUUGUCUCAUCGGGAGGUACUUAACCCCGCUGCAGAAGGAGACGUGCCUCACUCAAGAUGAGCUGGACAUUCUGGUUGGGAACCUGCCUGAGAUGGUGGAGUUCCAGGUGGAAUUCCUGAAGACUCUAGAAGACGGGACCAGAUUGGUCCCAGACCUGGAGAAGCUGGAGAGAGUGGACCAGUUCAAGAAAAUCCUCUUCUCUCUAGGAGGUUCCUUCCUGUACUAUGCAGAUCGGUUUAAGAUCUACAGUGCGUUCUGCGCCAGCCACACCAAAGUCCCUAAGGUGCUCGUAAAGGCUAAGACCGAUGCAGACUUCAAGGCGUUUCUGGAAGAGAGGAACCCGAAACAGCAACACUCCUCAACCCUGGAGUCCUACCUGAUCAAACCCAUUCAGAGAGUUCUUAAGUACCCACUACUACUGAGAGAGCUGUACUCACUGACGGACCCUGAUAGUGAAGAACACUAUCACCUGAAUGUUGCUAUGAAGGCCAUGAACAAGGUGGCCAGUCACAUCAAUGAGAUGCAGAAGAUCCACGAGGAGUUUGGGUUGGUGUUUGACCAGCUCAUAGCGGAGCAGAGUGGAGACAAGAAAGAGGUUGCUGAUCUGUCGAUGGGUGACUUGCUGCUCCACACCAGCGUAGCCUGGAUCAACCCUCCCUCCUCCCUGGGCAAAUGGAAGAAAGAACCCCAACUGGCUGCUUUCAUCUUCAGAACAGCCGUGGUGUUUGUGUGUAAGGAUGGAUCCAAGCAGAAGAAGAAAAUGGGUGGCUCCCAUCGAGCGUCGUCAGUCUCGUCUGAAGACAAGGACCCAUUCCGCUUCCGUCACAUGAUCUCCACAGACACGCUCCAAGUCCGAGCCCUCAAUAACCAAGACGGAGAGGGCUCUGCCGUGUGUGAGAUCGUCCACGUCAAGUCCGAGUCAGAAGGACGGCCGGAGAGGACAUUCCACCUGUGCUGCAGUUCUGUGGACAGUAAGAAGGACUUCCUGAAGACAGUCCACUCCAUCUUAAGAGAUAAACAACGACGUCAACUGAUGAAGACAGAGUCUCUACCCCCCAACCAGCAGUAUGUCCCCUUCGGAGGCAAACGCCUCUGUGCCCUGAAGGGAGCCAGGCCUGCCAUGAACAGAGCAGCGUCAGACCCGGCGAGGACCCUGGGCCGGAGGAAACUGGUGAGGAACCGUUUCACUAUCGACACAGACAUCGUCUUCGACGGCGAGCCGGACCAGGAGUCCCCUCUGUCUCCACUGUCUUCCGAAGAGCCUGAUGGACAGGGACAAAGGGAAGGACAGGGAAAGGAACGGGGGGAGGUGCAGGCAGGGGAUACAGACCGCUGGGUGGAGGAGCAGAUUGACCUGGAGUGCUACGAGGCGCAGCAGGAGAAGGAGGUGAAAGGAGGAGGAAACGUGAAAGAAAUGGAGAUCCUUAGUGGUGAUGAUGAUUUCUGCCUGUCUGUCAGAGGACCCUCCACUGAUUCACUGUCCAACACAGACCUAGAUGGGCCUAUCGGGGCCCUGUCCCUGGGAGAGGAAGGCCAAGAGAGGGGCUCUAAACACCCCCAGCCCCAGGGAGCCAUGGGGACCACCACCCCAGGGAUGAGACUUUCCCGCCUGGGGAAGCAGCGUGGCCUAGCUGGGAUGAGUGUGGAUGACCAAGGGGCUGGGGAGGAAGGUGAGGACAUCUGGCUACGCAGGGAGAACUGUCCCCCGGACUCAGGGGGUCAGACACUACAGAGCUAGAGUACAAGAUCAGCAGAUGGUUACAGACAGUGUGUCUCACCACUCAGACAGAGCGCUUUAUAUGAGUUACAAAUGGCACCCUUUUCCCUAUUUGGGGGCCCAUAAGGUUCUGGUCGAAAGUAGUGCACUAUAUAGGGAAUAGGGACCUGUCUAAAGCAGUGAACUUUA